AUCUAUUGGUGAGUGUUAAAUACGAGUAAUAGUACAUAUCUUGUAUUAAUUAAUUGAUAUUCCUUCAUUUUAUAAGAAUUAAUACAAUAGGUUCUACAGUGCUUUUACAUAAUUUUUUAUUACUAAAUUAGCUCUGGAUAUCUUCAGAAGAUACGAGAAUAUAUGGUUUAAAAUGACUCAGAGGUUAGGCUAGAUUUUUCUACACAUAUUUUUUAUGAAAAUAAUUACGGAAUUUCUCCGCUAGAGACACCAGACACCUGAAACAAGCAAAUUUGCACUUUGCCGUAAUAAACUGUGAAUUCGUUUUAGUUACACACCAUAUUCAUCUCUAUGCAAAUAAAAUAAUGGAUCGUUGUAUGAAAUAAGUCCAAAAGCAAACUUUCUAUUCCAAUCUUAUCAUGGAUAACGAAGUAAAGCCCGAGCUUGAUGAAGUAACAUCACCUGAAAAUGUAGAUUCUACCUCUCAACCCAACUGUAAAAUUCAAACUGAAUCUGAAAAUUUUGGCAAUUGUAAACCUUCUUCAGUGGCAAAUGAUAAUCAAACACACUCUGAUAAAAACCUUGAUGACAGCAUAGACCAAACAAAUUCCAAGAAGUCAAGAGAACUCAAAUCACUACUAGCUCUUUCUAAAGAAGCUAACCUAAAGACUAACAUUUCUCAUAAAAGGAAAAAGGAUGUGAAAGACUCUUAUAAAGGGCAGUCAGAUAUUGAAUUAAAAAAAUCAAGCAAAGUAACUUCAGAUAACAAACAAAGUUUCAAUUAUCCAGUGACAGCUGAAGCUGAGCUAGAAGAAAUCGAUGAAGAAGAUGAUAAAAUGGAAAAUGAAUCGCAUAAGCUUGUGAAACGAAAAAGGGAUCGUUCUAAUGAAUCAGUGGAUAAGUUUUUGUCAGAAGAUGGUAAUAGAAAAAAUAAGAAAGCUGUACAUGGGGACGUAAAAGUAUUUAAACCAAACAAAGAUGCUUUUUGCUGGCGUUGUCACAGAGAAGGUGUAAAUGUGGUUUGUGAAACUUGUCCUAGAUCUUAUCACCAAAAAUGUCUUAAACAAACCAUAAUGGAUGUUAAUCAUUGGCCAUGUCCCGAAUGUGUUGCUAUACUAAAAGCUGAGAGCACACAAACAAGAUCACCAGCUAUGAAAGGAAUGACUUUAGAACACCUUUGCAGUCUACUAAAAUUUGCGGUUAAUAGAAUGAUGCAAUGUCAAGGGUCUGAACCAUUUUUACAUCCGGUUAGUGAAGACGAUUUUCCAGAUUAUAGAAAAUAUAUAAUUCAGCCCAUGGAUUUAACAAUGUUGGGAAAAAACAUUAAAGACAACGUGUAUGGUAGUACACAAGCAUUCGAGGCAGAUGCUAAGUGGUUGUUACACAACAGCAUCAUAUAUAAUUCGUCUCAGUCUAAACUAACUUCAGCUGUCAAAAGUAUGAUUAAAAUUUGCAAACAAGAAAUGAUGGAAAUAGAAAACUGUCCCAGCUGUUAUUUGAAAGCCAACGUUAACAAAUCCACAUGGUUUGUUGAAGUAUGUCCGAAACCUCACAUGCUUGUUUGGGCUAAAUUAAAAGGAUUCCCUUAUUGGCCAGCAAAAGCCAUGUCCAUCAAUUCCGUUGGUAUGGUAGACGUUCGAUUUUUUGGAGCACAUGAUAGAGCUUGGGUACAUUGGAGAGAUUGUUAUCUGUAUUCUGAAAAAGAUCCGAACACAUUUAAGCAAAAAAGAUUUGAUAUUGAGAAAUCUGUGGAGGAACUGAAUGUUUACAUUGAAAAUUUGAAAAAAAUUUACGGAGAAUUUCGCUAUGCGCCGUUCAGAACUCAACUUGAUCCAGAAAAUAUGUCCAAACAACUAAUUAUUUUCUUACCGAAAUAUAAAUCAAUCAUUCAAAGAAGAAGAUCUCUCAGAGAAACUUUGGAAUGCAAACAAGAGGAAACGAUUGAUUCAAAAUCCGAUCAUAUUCAAGAAAAAUCUGAAGAAUCCGAUUGUAGUAAUUCCAAUGUAAAUAGUCCUGUAACUGAUAAUGACACAACCAUGGAAGGUUACGGUACCGAUGACGAUAUGCAAUCCGAAUUGGAUUUGGAAAGCAGAAAAGCGUUCAGUGACAAAAAAGUCUUGGACGGUGAUAGUAUAGAAGACGAAGAAGAUUUAGAUGAUACUCAAGUUCCAUCUAAUGUAUCUGCAGACACUACAGUACCCAAAGGAAAAAUAAAAACUAGGGGAAACUUGAAUAAUUCUAUUGGUAAAUUAAAGAUGUUGCCACGUCGUCCAUCUGAAAAUCAUCUUUCUGAAGAGGCAUUACCGAUACCAAAAACUCGUCGAAAUAGCGAUCAAAGCGUCAAAAGUGAUUCGAGUCGUAUAUCGAAUAUUUCUGAUAAAAUAAACCGAGUAAAUAUGUCAGAAAACAUGGAAAUCACCUUGGGUAAUGACGAUUUAGGUUGUGUAAGUAUAUUGGAGAAUAUGAGUCCUCCGAAUGGUGAAAGUUCGAGGUCGGAAAGCGAAUGUGGUAUUGAAAUAAAGAAGAAACCUAUACAAGUCGAUAUAAAUAACGCCGAGUUUUCCAUAUCACCUAAUAAACUGAAAAUCUCAGAUCAACUUAUUAAACGUUUGACUGACGUUAAAAAAAUUGAAGAAGUUAAGUCAAAAAUUACAGAACUUGAUAGUCCUGUAAAUAUUUCCCAGCCUUCCACCAGUAAUAGUGAAAAAGUUCAUUUAAACGGUGAUAUAAAUUCCUCUAUGAAGGAAAAAAAUGCUGAUAAUUCGUAUGAUUUGAUAGAUUUAGUGGACGAAAAACAAAAAAAUUUAAAAAUUAUUCAACCUUCAAUCAAAGAAUUUAUGACAGUCAAAGAAAAAUGUAAUACCGAUUCUAAACAAGAAGUAGAUGUAUCAAUUAGUAACAAAGACCAUGUAGACAAAGUAAACACUGUUGAAGUAGAAGACAUGGAGAUUGAUUCUACUGAAAAUAUAAAAGAUUCAAGUAAGCAACAAAAUGUAAACAACACAGCAAAAAUUAUAUUGGAUGAGAAAGGAGUUAACGAGAAAUUGUAUGAUCAUAUGGAAUCAGUUUUAUCAGUGAAACCUUCCAGUUCUGAACAAGAAGAGAAGCUACCAGAGAAACGAGACAUUGUUGAAGAAUUAGUUACAAAAAAAAUAAUAAAUACUGAAAAACAAGACACAUCUGAAGUUAUAUUGGUGAAAAAUCUUCCAGGAAAAACCGACAAAACACCAGAAAAAAAAGGAUCCUCAAAUACUUCCAAUCAAAAUGUAAUAAAUAUAAUAGAGGAAUACGAAUCGGACGAAGAAGAUGAAGAAGAGGAUACUAGAACAUCCAUACAAGUUGACAAACAAAAUAUUUUUGAUGUAAUACAUUCAUCAUUAAAAGAUAUAACACUAAAAGAGAAAAACAAAACUAUGGUAAGCAUAGGUGAAGUACCAGAUAACAAUUCUGGAGCAAAGGAAACAAAAAAGAGAAAAUUACCAUCAGAUGAACAACAAAGCCCAGCCAAAUUAGUAAAAAUUGUAUCAAUUGAAAGUAUACUGAACAGGAAAGAUGAAGAAGAUAAAUUAUCGAAUGUAGAAAAGCAAAUAGACAAAAAAAUAAUGGAAUAUCAAUCUGCGCCUGUUAGUGAAACUGGAGAAACAGAAAUAGCUCCAGAAGAUAUAAAAAGCGAACCGGAAAGCGAUUAUGAAAUGAUAGACGAUACAUACAAUAUGGAAGAAAAAAGAAAAUAUUUAUCGGCGUUAAAUAUACACGAGAAAACGGUGGAAUUAGAAAAGAAAGAGAAAAACGAAAUCAGAACGAGAUCUAAAGCUGAAGAAAAACGAGAACGAUUCAAAGUGGUUGAUAAUUUAACUAGAAUCAUAGAUGACGUUGCUGUAAACUAUAGUGCCACGCAUGGUAACGGAAGAGUUCCUCCCAAAAAACCAGAACGAAGAAGAAGUAGCACCAAUCCCCCCGCUCAAGAAGGGGAGAUAUACGUCAAAUCGUUCGCUAAACUCCACAGCGUUCCUGCCAAUAAGCAAAGAGCCAGAAAAACGUUUCCAUCGCCAUGCUAUUUUAAGGGGUCUCAAAGACAACUGGUACUUAGAAAAGAAGUAUCUUUAUUGCGAAGAGACGGACAAUCUCAGAAAUAUAUAACUUCCAACAAUGCAAAAUCUGCAACUACAACUAUUGAAAAACCCACACUUACUAUUAUGAACCCUUCAGUAAGAACUACUGAUGUCAAUACAACAUCAGUUGUAACUCCUAUUAUUACAAGUACUUUACCAUCCGGUUCUGGAUCAUCACAGGUAAUAGAUUCACCUGCCCCGAGUAUAGUUCCGCCUACUUCUCUUCCAUUGGUAACGCAGCCGUCCCUCAAUCUGAUACAUAAUCAGAAAAUAGCUGAUUCGACUAUAACUAUUCCUCAUCAAAGCAUGGCUAUGGGUCACGUUAUUAUAAUGCCAAGUAACUAUUGCGCGCCCAUUUUGAGUACGGUAACUCCAACUCCAGCUUUAACAGCAUGUCCUCCGUUGCAUCAAACUCAAACAGUCGCCAAGACAGUUCCAAAUCUGAAAACGUCCCAAAAUUAUAUACCACAUAAUGAUGAAGGAUCAGAAAGCCCUUCACCACCUGCCAUCAACAGUUUAAAUGACUUCGUUAAUCAACAGCCAACUACAACGAAAACCUCACAGCAACAAGUUACAGAAAUAACUGAACCAGUGACACAGUCUACGUCAACUAGUGAAGUCAUUUCUACAUCUAGUGACAAUCCUACUUCAUCUAAUACAAUAUCGAACGAGUCUCAUCGAGAUGAAGAAUUUUCCGUACUGAACGGCUUAAUACCUGAAAGUGUAAGUAAGGCUGUGAGCGAUUUAUUACUUAUGCCGCCACCAAGAUUGAAACCUAGACCUCCUGGUAUAAUCAGUCAACAUUUUGAAGAAGGCAUUCCGAGUACAGCUGGGGACGUUACAUCAAGGAUUAAUUCUAUAGCUCAUAGGAUGACAGAUUACUUCAGGGGUAUGUUAAUAGAAUCCCUAGGAGAUUUAGCUAAAACCAACAAUCCAGAAGCAACAAUACUCAGUUUGAAAUUGGAAAUAGAAACUAUUAAGCAUCGACAUAGCGUGGAAAUGGCAGAAAUCAGGAAAAAUAUGUGUAGCAUACUUAAGGAUGUACAGAGAAGUAUUAUAGAAGAGAGAACGAAAAUCAUAGAUGAGACAAGGGCAUCUUGUGAAGCUGAAACGAUACGUAGGGUAGAGGCUGCGAAAUCUAAACAGUGGUGCGCCAAUUGUCCUAAAGAGGCACAAUUUUACUGCUGCUGGAACACCAGUUACUGUGAUUACCCAUGUCAACAAAAACAUUGGCCCCAACAUGCCGGAAAAUGUACGCAAAGUAUAGAAAAAACAACGGGUACGGGGGCUAUACCUCCGGCAAGAUCCGGUCCACAACCGAUUGUUCUUCGGCCUUCAGGACCACCCAAACCAGGAGUGGGGAGAUUCAUCACUAAACCAACAAAGGUUUACAUGAAUAGGGCCGCCGCACCACAAAAGAACGUCAAGUCUGUACCAACUUCAACGUUAACAUUAGUAGAAACAACACCAGGUAAUUACGAAAUUUUAGGCAACGGUUCUAUUGGUAUAGCAGGAAAAAUGUUUACUUCUACUAAUUCUAUAACUACAACAAAAAGUAAAGGAACAACAGUAGGAACGUCACCUAGAUUAUCCACAGUAACAACAGAUUCGAUUAGACCAACAUCAUCCACGAGCAGUCGAACUCAACACUGAAAAUUGUAAAACGUUGUAGGUCUUAUUAAUAUUUUUCGUUUCUAAAUGGAAUCAAAUUUUGUAUUUUCACUAGGGGAUGGGAGGAGAGAAUAGAUAGAUCCCUAAUUUUGGAUCAAAUAUGAUCCACGAAAGUCUACACAGAAUAUACAAGAAUCAAUAACCGAUAGUGAUGGUCUGAGUUUUAUUAACUUUCCUUCUCUAUAUUCAUCAAGACAGAUAAUUAAUUUAAUGCUUGAUUAAAUAGUUUUCUUAUUUCUUUUAAUUAUUAUGUUUUGUUCACUAUUUUGGGAAUACUUGUCUGAUAAUAAGUAACGUACCGAGGCAAAGUGAUCUAAGUGCCAAAAUACAAAGUUACGGGAAAAUGAAAAAAACUGGUCAGUAACUCAAGUUUCUAGUUUAUCUUUAUUAAAAAGAACAAAACUUAUUAUAUAUAUUAUAAAACAGUGACAUUUUUAAAAUAAAAAUAUUUUUUGUGAGAGGAAUAUAAGUUGUAAUUCUAACUAAAGAAAGUAGCUAAAAAUUAAGUCCGCAAACAGUAUUGUUUAAAAAAUCAUUUCCACUUACACGAGCCUCACUCUCCCGCUUCCUAUUUUUUCAAAUUCUUCAGGAGAAACUUAAGUUGGAAUUUCUGGAACCGUUGUUGAUAUUCGUACUGAAUACACUGUUUACACCAUCACUCACAAUUACACUAUUGGACGAGCGUUUCGAUAACCUUCUUCAGAAACUUAAACAGUUCUUCAGAUAGUGUAAUUGUGAGUGUUGGUGUAAACAGUGUAUUAAGUAUCAGGAGAAAAUACUUUGCAGUUUAUUUUGAAAAUGAAAUAAUUACUUAACCAACAGGUAAUAACGAACCAGGACAAGAACAACAUUAAAUCGAGAAGGUAACAAAUGUUGCGAUGAUACAUCAUUUUGCAUAAAAAAAAUUUGAUCACUUUGCUCCGGAACGCUUUAAUUUUAAAUUAUCAGAUACUUUUCUUUUCGUAUUUUGAAAAGUUUUCCACAAGAAUAAAAAUGACUAAUAUUUUCUGAUUUUAUGAAAAAUAAUAGACAAACUUAGGUAGAAAGUAGUAUAAUAUCAAUGUUUGAUUAACGUUGUGACUGAAACUGAUGUUUUAUUAUUAUUUUCUUUUUAAUUUAAUGUAAAUAUUGGGGAUGUUGAAUAUUUUAUGUAAAAAGAAGUGACCAAAAACUAGGGUGCAAAAGUAAUAUAUGUCAAAUAAAUCUAAAUAAUAUUUGAAAGAAUCUGAUAAAGUGGGAAUACAAUAUUUCAAGUAAUUUUUUAGUAAACCAGGGCUACUUUCUGAUACAUUUUUUCGAAUAAGUCAAAAAGUGUUUCACAGAAUGUCUUGAAAAUAAUUAGUUAUACCGAAAUUACUAAAAGGCUUCGUCUAAAAUAUAAAUAAUUGUUGAGCAAAAAAUUAUUGAUUUGGAUGCACAAGUUGGAGACAUUUAUAAAAUGCUUUAUAAAUUCCAUUUAAAUCAGGACUAUGUCCAUGUUACCAUAAAAUAAAUAAUAUUAGAUCUGAUACACAAAGACAAAGGUUUGUCGAUUUCAUUAGAGUGUUCCUUGAACAGAAUUGGUGACUCUUUUGCUUCAAAAGUUGGGGAAUCUCUUGGUUUAUGCCAGUCGUACUGAUAAAUUGUUCUUGACAAUAAGAUUAUUAAGAAAAUCAUCUCCUGGAAUAUUAUUUUUAAAUAAUAUGACAUUUUUUUCCUUGUUUUUCUAUUUUCUUAUUAGUACCAUUACAUUGUAUUUAGUUUAUGGGUAUCCCCAAUUGGCAACAGUUCCAAGAGUAUGCGUAAUGGAGGCCUCUUCUUCGUCAACUUUUGGGUGACCAACUGGGCUCAAUUUCUUCCGAGAAGCUUCUGUUGUAGAAUUGUUAAAGGUUAAUAGACAUGCCGGCCCUAAUGGCUUCAACUGCAUUUUAGAGGAACAACCCUGGGAUCCUCUCGUAUGUCCACAUUUUGAGUAUCUUCAAUAAACGAGAAUCAACUAAAAAAGAAAAAAAAAUACAAAUGUGCCCAAGUAGUAGCCCCGGGAUGCCCAAGUAGCUCCGGUUUAUGAUACAUGUAUUACUUUGUAUGUAAAUAUUGUUGAUCGAUUUAAUAAGUAAAUUCAACAAUUUUUUAUUGUCACUAAACUAGUUUUUGUAAUACAAACUAUUCAUUAUUAUUUUUAUGUAAAAAUAUUAUUCUUUUUUGCUCCAUACUAUGUAAAUAUUUUUGUAAAUAUAGUUAUGGAAUUGAUAAAUAUUUUAAGGCUCUACCCUUUUUAUUACUUAGCUUAGGAUAUUUACGAAUAAGUCGCGAAGUAGAUAUAACGGUAGCAACAUUGAUCUGAUCUUUUUUUAUACAUUUUUGAUUUUUUUUUUUUUUUUGUGUAUAUAGUUUGGAUCAAUGGCCUGGUGGAAGUCCAAAGUUUUGAAUUUAAACAAUGUAUGUCAGUUUUUUCCAAGAUUAUACUAUUAUAUAUGUAAAAGUUUUACUUUUUCAAUAAAUUUUUGGUUAUUUCUA